AUGACGCUGGACCUUCUACCUGGCAUCAAAAGCUCGUCCAAUCGGGAGGUGGAGAGCAGCGACGGGAAGCCAUUGUCGUUGCCUCGAUUCGUCGGAUAUGGAUAUACGGCGUCCGGAGGAGGACAUGUAGCAAGAAGUAACUUCCCGUGGCUUGGGACGGCGAGAAGAGAUAGCAUUGUCUGA